CAGACGGCUAAAAUCGCCGCGUUCGGAAGUUGUUGACGAUAAGGUGGGGGGGCAUCGACGCUCCCCUGGUGGUGGCAGUGAUGGUGUAGCUAGCUGGUGUCUGUGUCAGCCUGGUCCCUCACUGGCUUCAGUAUCUCUCCUACCACCGUGGCGACUCGUAUGUGGGAUAUAUUUCACCAGUGUACCGAGGUGUCUGACUCUCAGUGGUGACCUGAAACCCUGCAGUGGAGGGUGUGAAGAGCUCAGGGCUGUGUGGUAGUGUUGUGUGGUGUGUGGAACUGUCUGGUGACGGUGAUCCACGCGGUGACAGCGGAGAAUGAGGUCACCAAAAUACCAUUGAUUCUGGUAUUACAGUGAAGUGUUGGCGAGGUAACCAUAGGUGCUGGUGCCGUCACCCUCUGUAUAUAAAUAGUAAAAUAGUCGCGGGCAUCGGAACUUGCCUCACCACCAUGUUCGGAUUCAUGAAGAAGAAGCCUAAGGAGCGACCAGCUGUAGGGAUUAAGUUUCAACAAACUCCAGAGUUCGCGCAGGACUUCCACCCUAACCCCUCCCCUACCUCACUCCCCACCACCACUCCAAUCUUGCAAACUACUCCAGCCCCCAUGCCUAGUCCUCGAACUCCCCAAACUCCCCCUCCUUCGUACAACAGCGACAGAAGCACCACCACCAGUAAUGACAAUGCGCCUCCAAACGAGGAGUCUGUCCACGACGGUAAACCGGCUAUACAAUUUACCCUCAACCCGGAAUACUACGUAACCGAAAACGGGGAUGGCGGUCACGAAUCAGACGACGAAACGGAAGAGCCUCCACUUAACCGGUUCACGCGGCGGAAGUCAGUGUUCGCGGAGGCUUACGACCCUGAGGAGGACGACGACGAUGGAGAGCGGAUCAUCCACGCCAAGUCGGAUGAACAGCGGCAGAGGUUGUCAGAAGCUGUCAAAAACAUUUUCCUCUUCAGAUCUCUCGAUCAUGACCAGAUUGGGGAGGUUUUGGACGCCAUGUUUGAGCGGCGAGUAACGGAAGGAGAGAACGUCAUCAAGCAGGGCGAUGAUGGUGACAACUUCUAUGUUAUAGAGUCGGGGGUGUACAACAUUUUCGUCAAGUCAGACAGUGAUGCUGAGCCUCGUCUAGUGGGCAAAUAUGACAACUCCGGUAGCUUUGGGGAGUUGGCCCUUAUGUACAACCUGCCCAGGGCUGCCACCAUCCAGGCCGUGACAUCAGGGGCUCUCUGGGCCAUGGAGCGACAGACCUUCCGCAGGAUAUUACUAAAAUCUGCCUGCAGGAAGAGGAAGAUGUAUGAGGCGCUGCUAGAGAAUGUGCCCAUGUUGAAAACUUUGGAGAAAUAUGAGAGGAUGAACCUGGCAGAUGCCCUGGUGCCAAAAGUGUAUGCUCCUGGUGAGCAGAUCAUCAUGCAGGGCGAUUCUGCUGAUGGCAUGUACUUCCUGGAGGAUGGCACCGUCAGGAUCAUGAUGGCCAAAGAAAAUAAUGAGGAGAAGGAGAUCAGCCGGGUGUCCGUUGGUGGUUACUUUGGAGAACUGGCCCUCGUCACCAAGAAAGCACGAGCGGCUUCAGUUUAUGCUGUUGGGAAAGCUAAAUUGGCAUUCCUGGACGUGGAGGCCUUUGAGCGUCUUCUUGGGCCGUGUAUGGAUCUUAUGAAGCGGAACAUUGAAGACUAUGAGAAUGAGCUUCUUAGGAUCUUCGGCUCGAAGGCUAACAUCUCUGACAUCCGAUGAAGUAGUAUCCAACAUUUUUAGUACGUCAGUCACCAAAUCAAUGCGUCUGAGAGUCAUGGGUGUUGGAGGAACUGGUGUUUGUGCUUCAGUCAUCAUGCAGGAGGCAAAAGUUGAUCAAUUGAUGUUGGAGAUGAUCAUACUGAUUAAGAUGAAAAAAAGAUGAUUGUUGUAACUGCGUAGCUCUUGUUAGCUUUGGGUUUCCUUAGUGUCCAUGCCUUUGGCCGAGCUGGCAUGACGACUGGGGUUGUUGAUGUCUUAUCCAUGUUUGCCAAGGGCUGCUUAAUAGGAAUUAAACAAAAUACAAAUAUUAUACUUAUUUAGCAACAUUGGGUAGUUUCUCAGUUGAUUGAUGAUUGUGAUGAUUAAAUCUUGUCUAUGGUUCUUAUCAACUUCAGUGAGUCAUUAAAACAAGUACAGUAUUGAUUCUAAUAUUAUUUUGUUGCAGGAGCUGUAGUUUGUUAUUCAGGAUAUAACUAUCAUAUUCAAAUGCCCAAGAGAAAAGAGAAAUAAUUUUUACAGUGAAACACCUCAGUAAUACAGUGGAACAGUCCUAUUAAAAGAUACAAAUUAAAACUGCACCACAGAAACCUAUGUGUAUGGCGUUGAGCUUCCUUUGGUGUCAGUUUCAUCCACUCAGUGAGGAUGUUGCCACCCACACAGAGUUGCUUCACUUGUUAAAUUCAUCUUCUUUGCUUAGACACUUUGGUCUUUAUUCUGAACAGAAAAUGUCAUUAUUAUUCUUCUUUGUACAGAUUAUUGUCUUUUUGUCUAGUGUAUAAAUCUUAUUCAUACAUUUAUUUAAUUAAUGUCAGUAACUUGAUAGUUUAGGACAAUUCCCAGGUACUGUACUACUAUUUUGCCCUUUGCAAGGUGCUACACUUAUGAAUAUACUACAUUACAGUACUGUAUAUCAAAACUCUGCUCGAUGGCCUGUCACUGACUUUUUAAUGAUAAUAACUUACCUCCCACUUUCGUAUUUUUCAUGGGGCCAAGAAACAAAAGUAUUGUAAAGAUACUCUCCUCUGACUACCCUGUAUAGUUCAUGGUGGUUUCUCCUCCUCAGUUGUCGUAUAUGAACGAAAGAAGCCUUCUACUACUUUUUAUAGUUGGAGUGUGUUAAUUGUUGGGAAAAAAUCUUCGUUAUUGUUUCUCAGUAUUAAUAAUUAUUUUCUGAGCAAUUUUAGUGCCCUGCAUCAUAGUCUGUAGGCUGUUAAAUGUACCCUGGUAAAGUGGUAGACUUGUCAGUGUAAAAGGUCCCAUAAUUCCAGAACUCGAUCUUGCAUUCGUCUUCGUUAGUUAAACAACCAAAAUGCUCACAUAAAUGGUUCAGGCAAUCAUAUGGUGCAAGUUCACCAGACUGGAGCAUUUUUUUGUUUUCUAAAGAACUGCUAAGUUUGUUUCUGGAAUCUAGCAGGGCUAAGUCACAACUAGCGUAUUACCCCAGCAUCUAAACCUAUGUUUUCCAAAAACCUUGUUUAGGAAAAACAUUAUUACAUAUUAAUUGUUCAUUGCUUUCAUUAAUAUUUUCCAUCACCAGCUGCAUAUAUAUAUAUAUACAUACUGUAUAUAUAUAUACAGUAUAUAUAUAUAUAUAUAUAUAUAUAUAUAUAUAUAUAUAUAUAUAUAUAUAUAUAUAUAUAUAUAUAUAUAUAUAUAUAUAUAUAUAUAUAUAUAUAUAUAUAUAUAUAUAUAUAUAUAUAUAUAUAUAUAUAUAUAUAUAUAUAUAUAUAUACUGUAUAUGGGAAAGAACAAAAGAGCCAGAGGAUAUAUGAUUAUAUUAUUCACACAAAUAUAGAAUUAAUUUUAAAAAGCAGUUAUAAUGUAGACCAGUAUUCACUUGCUCAAAAUAUUUGCCUAAGCGGUUUUUUGCACCAUCAUUUCAGAAGCACAGGUCAUAAAUGCGUUACAGAUCACCCAGAGACUAGACUGAUUGAGGUCAACUGGAUGGGUCAAGCAAGGUCAACGAAGCAGGUCAGUAUCAGUUAGAAGACCUGUAGAUCACCAGGAAGACAUAGGUCAGUUAGACCAAAGGGUCAGUAGGUGGGCCAAUACACACAGGCACCAUGAAGUUUAGAGACAGGCUAUGGUCAUCUCAGUGACCUAAUAUAUAGUAUGAUACAGUAUACUGUAUAAUAAAAGUCAAAGAGUGAACUGGCAACAUUCACUGCACUUGAAGACUAGGGAUAUUAAAAUCACUUUUGAAAAUCUACCCAUCUUUCUGUACCAUACAUGAUUUUAAUUGUUGUAGGAAAGCAUACUGCAGAUAUUGGACACAAUGAAUAUAAGUAUCUUAAGUUAUAUGGGGCUAAGAUUUACAACAGACUAUAAUUAAUAAAUAUGAUCUAGUUUUGAUGGGUGACAACCAAAUCAAAAUCUUUUGAAUAAUCUGGCUAUUAUUGCAUAAUGUACGUUACUUAGUAGACCAAAUUUAAUGACAAAGAAUAACUAAGAUGCUUCACAAUUCAAACAUUCUUGUUGUUAGACCAGAACUGCAUUUAUAAACAUUUCAGUGUCUGUCAUUGUAGAUAUUAUGUGACAAACAUUUUCACUAUGAGAAUUAAAAUUUUCGUAAGUUUAAAAACAAGUGGUGAAAUUUAUAACACAAGAAUUAUUCAUUAUAAAAAUUUCACCCAUGAGGAUGCAUAUACUGUGUACAGUAUCUGAGUUUCUAAUUGAGGGCUUUGAGAAUGGCCAGUUUUAUAUAGUACAGGUAUGUGUAAGUAAAGGCACAGAAAUUAUAUGCCUCAUGAUCAACAGAAAUUUUUAAAUGAUUUUCAUAAACGUACUGUAUUAAGCACGUCAGUUACUCAUAAUUAAGGAUAUCAGCUUUUGUUCAAGAUGUCCUGGUAAUUUUAUGUAUAAUUAGCACUUAAUUAUUAUAAUUUUGAAUUUCAGCAUGAUACACUACCCUUGGUUAAUAAAGACUUUGCAAAAUGUGAUCCUGAUCUAAUGUAAUAAAAGUAUCCAAUGGAUAUAAAGUGAUAUUUUAAUACAGAUUUGUGUAUCAGUCUUGCUUAUAUGUUAGCUAACUUGUCACUUCAUUCAAUGAGAGUAAAAACAUUUGAUGGUAAUGAAUUUAAUAUAUUUCUUUUGGCACUGAUAAAGGAAAAAUCUUGUUUAGAAAUAUACUGUAAUUAGUACAUGAUAAGCCCCAUAGUAAUUCACACAGAAGAUUAUAUAAUCUAUGCUGUUGUAAGCAUUAUAGUUAAUAUCCACUUGUGAAAUCUUGGCAAAUUAAGAGUUGGCCAUGGUAUUCCUGCAAAGGUUAGGGAUCUAUUUUUCAGCAAAAAAGUAUAUAUAUAAAUUUAUUGAUACUGUGAAGCAUAGAUGUUGUCAAAAUGUUUUUCAAAGAAGUCUAUAUGUCACCAAACACCUCUAUAGUUUGAAACAUAAGCUGUAUUUGUUAAUAUAAGGAAGAGUCAGUAGUAAUAUAGAUGCCAUUGUCAGCCAAGAUGUAUGCAAAACCUACUCAAGUUUGCAAAACCUACUCAAGUUGCUUUCCAGCAAGUGAAUAGCACCUCUUCAUAUUCAUGAAGCAGGUAUUAUUCACUGGUGUUGUUCACAGCUGUUAUUUGCAGGUGUUGCUGGAUAACGUAUGAUAAAAUCUCUUGAUUUAUGUGGGAUGAGCAAUCAGUGUGUGUCCAGAUUCAUCUGUAGAUGGUACCUCCUAGAUGACUUCACCUUCUCAUCAUCAAAAAAUUCCUAACCUUGCCCAUAAAAAGUCAGAGAGAAUCAUCUGUUUCUUAAAUUAUGUAAAAUAAAAAAAGGCUCUCUGACUUUGUGUUGGGUGAGAAGAAAUAUAAGAGCCUAUUAUAUUUUUUCACUAUUCCUUCUAUAGACCUAUCAUCAUGAAAUGCUAUUGUGAGAGUAGUCUCAAUGGCUUCUUUCACUGCCCCUUCAAAUACUAUAUUUACCUACACACACACACACACAUAUAUAUAUAUAUAUAUAUAUAUAUAUAUAUAUAUAUAUAUAUAUAUAUAUAUAUAUAUAUAUAUAUAUAUAUAUAUAUAUAUAUAUAUAUAUAUAUAUAUAUAUAUAUAUAUAUAUUUAUAAGACUAUAGGCAUUUUUUUCAUCUGUUCUGCAUGUUCUAUAUUCUGAAAGUUUCUUUCAUAUCAGAAAAUAAUAAUAGAGUGGCAUGGAAGAUGUGAAUCCCUCGACUGGUUACAUGGUGGUGUUCUACAUCACAGUGUAAAAGUGAAUGUUAAAAAAUUACAUAAAAAUUGUAAAUUCAUAUCUGAAAUACUUCCUUCACAGUUGUCUAAUUAUGAAAUUGAGUGUGUACUUUUUCCUGUUUAUGGCUGUAAAUGAGCACUCAGUCAAAAGUGAUAGUACUGUACUUGGCUUGUAUACUGUACAUGAAAUGUGGAACAUUUGGGAUGUAGUGAUAAAAGUUACCGAGGGAUAUGAACAGCUUAUUUAAUUAUGUGUUGUGGUAAGGUCUGUUUCAGGUCAAAUGUCUGACUCUACCAAUGCAAUACUAAUUGAAAUUUUCUAGAAGAUAAUAAUGAUGAUGAUAAGAAGUUAUAAUUUUCAAAACAUGAUCUGAAUGAAAUAGUUUCUACUUGAAUUGAAUGAGAUAUGGUAGAGUCUUCACAAGUCCAUUGAAGGAGAUUCAAGUCAAAUGAUAUGAUGGAGGUAUAGUGUGUUCUGAUUCCCCUGUCUGCCUGUGUAUCUUUAGCCCACUUUCAUGUUUCAUGAUAACAUGAAUAUAGGCACUUCAUACACCUUAACAUUAUUUCAAAUUGUUUUUAGCCAGUAGUAUUUUUUUUUUAUCAAUGCCUUAAAUGGUUUUGUUGUCAUGACAUUGGUUCACUCAUACAGGUGGCUUACAGUUAUAGACAGUGAUGAACCACAUGUUACUAUGGUGAUAGCUUGUAAUGUGAUAAUCCAUCAUGUGAUAAUGAGGCUUGCAGGAUUUAUCAUGUUCAUUUGCCAUAGUUUUCACUCUGGUUAGUACAGUAUAACUUGCUUCUAAACUAUUUCUAUGGGUGUAUUUAACUUCUCAUAGCCUGAUGUAAUUCUCACAUUACAUCUUUACUUUUAUAACAUCUUCAUAUUUAAGGUUUUUGAAUUUCCUCUGACUAGAUACUGGCUGUAAUGCAACUUACUGCUAAUGCUUGUUGUGAUUGUAUAAUUUAUGAAAGUAUCCAGUGAUAUGAUGCUGUGGCUUAUGCACAAGCCUGAGAAAUAUGGGGUAAUAAUGGACUGGAGAUGGUCACCAUUUUCAUAUAAGUAGUAACCCUUCAUUUGACAUUUCUUGUUUUCAUGAGUAAAAUCUUCAUUCUCUUUGUUCCCGUAUUUUAUAUUAAGUAUAACUGGGGGCAAUAUAUCUUCCACACACACUGCAUAAAAGAGCAGAAAACUGAAGUAAUGGUUCCAUCACUUACAUCACUGGUUUCAAAUGACUCAAUCAAUUUAAACAAAUUACAAGACGUAGCAUGAGUAACAUUACAAGUAUCCACGCGGGUUACUCCUUAUAGUAAUGCCACAUAGUAAGAGGGAUGAGGAGGGCAGUCAAAGAUGCAGUUUGAUAUAGAUUAAAAUUUCCUCCUAAAAAUAAACUUGUUAAGAUAUAUAAAUAUAUAUAAUAUAUUCUUUUCCAAUACCUGACUUUGUGUGUAAAAUAUACUUGUAUAAAUAAACAUCAAGUGAAAACGUAAAAUUGUUUCAACCCAAUAGUGUAAAUGAGAAACUUCUGUGCAAUUUUAUAUUGUGCUAUUUAUGUUCUUAAUGUAAUAUAUAACAGGAAUAAUAGAUAUCCUUCAUGCCCAUUGACUUGGUUUUAUGAUGAGGUGAAAUAAAUGUGCAAGACAUUUAUUUCUCUUCUGUAUCAUAUCAAAAGAUUACGAGCAGCUGAUGGGUGAAUGUCACACUUGCCACAUCCACUCCAUGAUUUAUUGGUUUACAUAUAUAUUUUUUUCAUAUCUGUCAUUCUUUACAUAAGUGUUUUGGAUAAAAAAAAUUAUUCACUGUUUCAUCUGCGAAAAUUUGUGAUAUUAUGAUUAGCCAUUGUUUUAAUUUGGGUUAGAUAAAUUUAUAGGGUAACUUCCUCUAUGUUGCAAUAAUACUGAGUUACUUAUAGAAAUUUAUUGCAGUUAUACAUUGUGGUAAACAAAUUUAUACACUACUCAGUACGGUAUUGCAGUGAUACCAAAUGGAUCUUCAUAUGAACAUAAGCCAUAAAAAGGAGCACAAUACUCAUUACAGAAAUAAAGUAACACAAGUUCAUGUAUUUUGCUCAUAAAGAGAGUUAGUUUCCCUUCUUCAUUUUCCUUGGUUUUCUUUGUACCCUGUUAGAGAAAAUGAGUGUGAAAGUCCAGGUGUAGGAUUUUGUAAACAUUAGAUGAAACUAGUGUAUACCCAAUGACCAUUGUGACAUACAAUAAAUGCUACAAUAACAA